UUUGGACUAAUAAAAAUGCAUCUAUAUAAGUGAGUUAGCAUAAAGUUUUAAUAGCAAUUCAAAUCGGUGACAAGUGACAGCUAAUAGUUGAAAGCUCAUAAUUUGAAGACAAAAAAUAAACCGCAGUUUUAGACAAAAUGGAAGGUACUGGCAAGCUUACUGAAUUAAUACAAAAUAAAGGGAACUUUAGUUAUUCAUUUGAAGUGACUCCAGAUGUUUCUGAACAAGACAUAGAUGAUUUAAGAGUCGAACCUCUAUUCUUCUCAGUCACUUGGCAUGCAAAAACUCAUCAAUGCAAAGAUUUGAACAUAGCCCCUAUCAAAACUGCAUGCCUAUUGAAAAGUAAGCAGAAAAAUGUACUCCUACACUUAUCGUGUGAUAUGAUGAAAGCUACAUAUUUGACUGAACUGCUGGCCAAGCUGCAGGAAAAUGGAAUAUGCAAUUUGUUCUUGGUUUCGGGAGAAGGAUUUGAUCCAACUAAUUCAGAUUUCGUUAACACAACAGAAAUGAUAAAAUUCAUAAGGGAGAAAACAGGACAAUAUUUUUGUAUUGGUAUUGCCGGAUUUCCUGGCUGUUCUGAUGAAAAACUUGGACUGAUCAAAGAAAAAGUCGAUGCUGGAGCCAAUUUUAUCCUUACACAAGCAUUUUUUGAUGUUGAUGCAUUUAAAAAUUUGAAAGACCGUUGUGAGAAAAUGGGCGUGCAUGUUCCACUCAUACCCGGGGUGUUCUCCUUUGAAACACCAAAACAAUUAGAUGGCUUUAUAAAUAUGUGUAAGGUUAAGAUAAAAAUGGACAGCAAUAACAUAAUUUUGCAAGAGAUCAGUUUUCCUACGCAUGAAUUGAAGAUGAAAUCCAUUCAGGACUUGUUGAAGCUGUCCAAAGAAUCCUCCAGCCAAAAUAAAGAGUUUUGGAAUCAGGUUGCAGAUAUUCUAUGGUCACAUUUACAAACAGGAUUUAAAAUAUUUGAUGAUCAGUUACUUUGUGCAACAUGUUUCUAUACAGUGUUACCAUGCACAGACAAACAAGACAUCUAUUUAACUAAAUUAUUGCUUCUGAAUGAAGAAGAAUUAGUUAAUAAAAACAAAGAAGACAGUUUGCUAAGUGAUCCUACAGAUGACAUUAGAGAGAAUGUGGCAAAGCUACUGCUAAACCAUUACUCUGUGGAGUUAGAGAACCCAAAUAUAAACCAACAUUUAGUAAAUGGUGCUCUGAACAGCAUGAGAAGCAAAUUCUUCUAUGAAAUCAGCUGUGUUGUACUGGAAACUUGUAUUGCAAACUCAUACAAAAUUGACAUCAAAGGAGUUAUGCCAGAAUUUGCUGAGGUUUUGGAAAAUAUUUCUAACCAAUUUGCUUGGGAAGAGGACAGUUCAACAAGUUCAGAUUUUUCAAAAAUGAGUGAUAUGGUCGAAAAUAUUAUUGAUAAAUCUGGUUUAAUUAUUAGCGAUGAGAUUGAUCAAACAAAAAUAUCAGGAUUCCAUCAAAUAGUGUUGAAUUCUCUUUGGCUGAAUGUAAAGGCAUCAUGUGACCUUUCAUCAGUUUUGGUACAACUUAAUGCGGACGAUGCUUCUAUGGCAGAAAAGUGUCUCAACAUUAUAACUCAUGUGUUGGAGACAUCUCGUCAUAAAGGAGCUAUUGAGGCUGCAGGAGCUUCUUUAGGAAAAGGUAUUCAAUUCCUAACUUCAUUGCCAGAAGAAAAUAAAGCUUCAGAAGUACCCAACAUUCUACUUAGAUGUAAACUAAAUGAUUUAAUAUCAGAAACAAACAAAAUGGCAUCUAUUACCAGAAGAGGUGCAGGUCUGUCUAUUAUGGUGCACAGAAUAGUAUCCAGCGACAUGAAGAAGGGCAAACCUUUGUUCCACUACUUUAUAAAUACUCUGUUGGACAUAUGUAAUUCAACAAAGGACACCCCAAAAAGAAAUGAUGAAAAUCAAAUUGAUCUACCAAAAGCAAUCUACAUACAUUUCUUGACAAGAAUAGUCACUGACAGCGGUUUAGCUACAGACAUGAUGUUUUAUUUUGCUAAAUUGGCUGAACUUGCUUUUGGCAAUCUUACUAGUGCACAUUGGCAAAUCAGAAAUGCAGCUCUUCAGUUGUAUGGAGCCUUGAUACCAAAGCAAAUUGGUGAGAAGAAAGCUUCAGGUAGUGAUGAGCAAACUACAGCGACUGUCGCGUGCGAUGAGCUCCGAACUCAUUCACCAAAGCUAUGGAAAUAUAUAAUGCAACAGUUAAAGCUAAGCAAUCAACCAGAUGUGGUUCAGUCACACUCAAACUUGGUGAAUAAAAUAGCUGCAGAGAUAUUUACUGAUGAUCCAAGAGCUGAAGUAUUGGGACUAAAAAGUUUAAGAACAUGGCAAAUAUAUACAUUACUGAGGCACCCAGGCUUACUAUUUAUCAGAAACCCCUUUACUGCACUUGGACAAAGAUACUGGGUUAGAAAAUGUCUUGAAGAAUACCCAAGGAAACCAAAUAAAUUGAAUAUUGAUAUAGAAAUGAGUGUAGAGGACUGGUGGGCAGAAUGCUUUAAAAAGGAACAAUGUGAUAAGCAGUUGCAGAAGAAGCUACGAUGGACUACAUUAGGCUACCAUCACAACUGGGACACAAAAGUUUACACAGAACUGAACAAGUCUCAUUUUCCUGUAGACUUGGCAGAGUUGUCAGAUGUUUUGGCUGAGUACUUGGGUUAUUCAAACUUUAGGGCUGAAGCAGCUAUUGUCAAUUAUUACCACAUGAAUUCUACACUAUCAGCACAUACUGACCAUUCAGAAGUUAAUUUGGAAGCACCUCUGUUUUCAUUUAGUUUUGGCCAGUCAGCAAUAUUUUUAAUUGGAGGAAAAGACAAAUCAGUAGAACCAUCGGCAAUACUGAUUAAAAGUGGAGAUAUAGUUGUUAUGUCGAAGGAGGCCAGACUGUGUUACCAUGCUGUACCAAAAAUAUUACCAUCACCCGAUUCUCCUUGGGAAGAAUCCAACAUCUCAGAUGUCUUCAGCAAUAAAGUAUCCAGUUUUAAAUAUAUAUCAGAACCAGAUGAAUUUGUGGGAACAAUGAAUGAAAACAUAGAUAAUAAAAUAUGGAACAGAUUUAGAAACUACAUUCAAGAAUCAAGGAUAAAUAUGAAUGUAAGACAAGUAUUAAAUGAAAAUCAAAAUAGUAUAUAG